AUGAGGAAAACCAAGCCCCAGAGAGUGCUGCGGAAUCUGCUGGCUCAUCAUCAGACUGCCCAGAGGACCAUAAGUACUGCUUCACACAGGCAGUUUGAAAAUAAAGUUCCAGAGAAACAAAAGCUAUUUCAGGAGGAUAAUGGAAUUCCACUGCAUCUAAAGGGUGGAGUAGCUGAAGCCCUCCUGUCUAGAGCUACUAUGAUGCUUACAUUUGGUGGAACAGCAUAUGCCAUAUAUCAGCUAGCUAUGGCUUCAUUUCCCAAGAAGCAGGAUUGACUUCAGUUUAUCAUCUCAGCAGGCAGUUGGUUCAGUUUCAUUCAGCUCUCUAUGGACCAGUAUCUGAUAAAUGAGUUCUUCUUUGGGGAUCAAUACUUAUUGACUUAUACUAACUGCCACCAAUAAAGCAGUCUUUACCAUGGGAAAAAAAAAGAACAUACUAGGUCAAUUUAAUCACGAUUAGUACUAGGUAAGAAAUAAAUGAACAGAGCGCUGUGCUGGAGAGUUUCGGAAUUUGUGUUGGGGGAUACCACUUAAAGGGUGACAUUUGAACAGAGCACUGAAGGUUGCAAAGGAGCCAGUCAUGUGAAGAACUAGAUGAAAGGAAUAGUGUCCUAGGUAGAAAAUAUCCCAGGCAAGAGAAUAAAAAUUCUCUGUGAGCCUCAAUAUUCUCAUCUGAAAAUGGGGACAAAGGGUCUUGUUUUUUAA